GCGACCUGGUGACAUCUCUUUUCACUCAGUUGCGCUGGCAUAACUGUUCUCUUUUUUUCGACUUUUGUGCAGACAAAUUCAAACGUGAAAUUAAACCUACCUUUUUCUUUCAGACAUACCCAGUACAUAUCACACUAUACAAAGCAGCUAGUUUUAUGCUUCACACUCACGCUGAAGAGAAUCGGUGCCAAACGAACGCUGCACGCGAUCGACUUCUAUUUUCCCCCUUUCUGGCACGAUGGGUGCUUCGUCGUCUUCUCUGUUGUUUCGUGAAACCUAUGUAGGCCUUCAGAAACAAUGGAAUCUGCGGUCGGAAGCGUACACAGUAGAGGACGAGGCUAGUGUGAAUGAGCGUACGCGGCUCUUUGAGUCCUGUGCGACUGAUCGCUCUCGGAACGCUUCCAAAAAGUUACUGUCUCGCGGAAAGCGCGUUUUCAAAUGCAGUCCACUACUUGUUGAGCAAUUCCGUCUUGUGGACCUUCCAUUUAACGAGGAAGACAAGAAGAAAACUCUUCACCCGUACACGGCAGUGCUUUACCAUCGACUACAAGUGGCGGUUUCAGCCGAGCACGCAUACCAGCUGCUCCCAAAAGAACCUAUAAAUGCGUGUGUCACUCACUUUUUAUCCCGCUGGGAUUAUCGAAUUUGGAUGAUCGCCUGCUGCGAAUUUUUUCACGUGCUGGCUGCCUUUGAGGCGUCGAAGACGCUUCCCAAAGCAGUGAAGAGCUUCAUGAAAUCGAUUUCCAAGCUGUUGAAAAGUGAUAAUGAUCCAGCUCUGUCGAAGCUGGGAGCUGCUGCCGAUAGUAAGACGCAAUACGAAUUCACCGCUUGUAUUUGGGAGGAGGGAGCUGCGAUACCAAUAACAACGGAGCUGCUGACACCAAAAGUGCUCAGUGUACUGAAAACGCAGCUUCCGUGGUGUUUUGCGGACAUUGGAAAACAAGACGGCCACGAUAGCUCACUGAUCGCAAAGCGUCUGAUCAAUCUUGCAAGGGAAUACGAAAUUCGACUAGAAAAGGUGAUGAACCUGCAUGGUAGCAAUCCCUUGUCUGCUCCUGGUAUAAAAGAGUCGCCUACAAGUCUCUCGUUUCUGGCCUUCGUCGAGUGGGCCGCUUUGCAAUGCGCGCUCUCAGUGUGCGGACCGGAGGAAAACCCUGGCUCCUACGGCGUGGUGCAAAUCGAGUACUCUGAGAAGGUGUUGAAGCACCAAAACGACGCGAUGCACUUGUGGUGGAUACGGCUUCAUCGUCUCGAGACAGUGGAGGAACAGCUAGCGGAGUUGGAACUGCUAGGAGAUCGCUCUGCAUCGUACCUACGAUUGCGGGUCGAGCAGAGAGAGAUCAAGGAGGAGACUGAGAAACUUUUUGCUAGCUGGCGCGGAUCUCACUUUAGUUUGACAGCUGCCGAAAUCAUGGAAAAGUGCUCAGAGAUGCUGGACAUUAGUCAAACCUUGCCCGACAACAGCGUACACGAGUUGCUUUCUUCUAAGGCCUUCGCGAACGCCAUCAGAGACUCUGACACGGAGACCAUCGACACAGCAGGUAAGUUUCGCAAGUAUUUGAAGGCCUACCUUGCCUUGCACGACCUCUACCGCGAUGUUCUACUGCAACAGCUGGACGCAUCACGGAAAGACGGAACAUACGACAUCUCAUGCUUGCCUGACAGCGUGAAUUUUGAGUCGUUCCGGGCGGCGCUCUGGGGCUCGCAGAUGCGCCACGACAUCGACCUCGAUCCUCUCAUUGUCGCUGUCGAAGGCGGAAAAGGAAUCUUGAGUGCGGACGAGGUGGCAGAGGUCUUCCGUCAGGUUUUCAACAUAGAGAGCACGGAGAGGUCUGAAGAGGCAAAGGUGAUCAACUUUGACGCCGUCUGCACGACCGUAGCAGGAGACUUAGUGCCUGCCGGAGAAACGCUCGUGCUGCGCCACCCCAUUGAGCAGCUCGGAAACGCCAUUGGGCUGGCGGACGACAAGAGCCAAGUUCGAUGUAUUGCGUCCUUCCUAAACCAGGUGCUCAUCCUUAGCAACAAUAGUCUUUCCAACUGCGGAACGGCGCUGGCUGCCGAAGCGUUGGAGGCGGUGGUGGAGCUCCCCCGCUACACCGACUACAGCGCCGGCGUCAGCGUCAUGGCGAUCCGCUUCACCUGCCUGAGCCCACCCCAUUGGGACUUGUUCGCGGUGAAGGAGUCUCCUUCAUCAGGAUUGAUAGCGAAAUGGUUGCACAAAAUACGGUCCGAGUCGGCUGAUCGGCUUUUGCUGGAUGAUCACAUUAAUUGCCAUUUCUUUGUGCGCGCCUUUUUCAGCAUCGCCGCAACGCAACGCGCCUUCGAGGACACUGCGCCUGAAGAGACGGAGGGCCGCCCAUCGAGUUCCCGCAGCAAUGGAGCUGUAAAGAGCACGGCCGGCGUACAAAAGGAGUACGAAGCUACCGAGUCACACUUUGUGCGCGCUGUUGCCACCAUGUGCAAGUACCUCGACUGCCCCGCCGAAACGCUGCUACACAACUGUUCCACUUUAUUGAGGCAAGACGAGGAGAGCAACAGCAGCGCAACUGCACCCCAAGAAGCGAGCUUCACUGUAGAAGGCGCGUUUUCUUCUCUAUGCAAGGCGUGCGGACAACCCAGGGAUGCCGUCGGAGCAGAUUUGAAGAGCACCGGAAGCGUCGAGGCAGAGCCCAUGGUAAGCAUCAAGCACGUUUUGUUUGUUGUUGUCUCCAACUACACACGCCUUCACUGCGCGGCGUACUGGCAGACCAACAGCGUCGACCAACUCAACGAUGCGGCUGCUUUUGACGAGAGCGAAGAACCAGUGUAUACAUGGAAGGACGAACGCGCGUUGCUGGAGCUCAGCACCACAAUGCCACUUCAUUGCUUGAACACCACGUAUCGCGAGUUUGCGGAGCUCACCACGUCGUGCGCAGGUGUUAGGGACAACAACGGAAACGGAGGCGCAGAAAACGCUUUUCAACAAACUUUUCUUCUCGCCUUUUACGAGCAUUAUAGGGCAUUUUUUGCAGAGCUCAAGCUCAGUAAAAGCGCCGUCGCGGAGAUCGCGCGACGUGCUUUCCAGUACAUCACGAGCAACCCAAAUCGAGGAGGCAGUACUGUGAUCCUGACACGCAAUGACUACAGCGGAUUCCUGCAGUUUGUUCUUGGGAACGUGAUGAUGCUGAAAGCGUACGAUUGCACUGUUCGCGAUCCCGCCACGCAAGCUGGACUUGCGAGUGAUGCAGAAGCGGAGGGGAAGGAGGAGGGGGAGAAGAGAGAGGUUGAGGAGACAUUUAUGUCGGAGCGCGAUCUGCGUCGCAUGCUGGAGUGUUUCACUGGCCUGACGGACGGAGGCGCAUGCAACGUGCCGUCCGCGGAGGAGGCGCAGGCGUGGCUGCACUCGCGUGGCAUUGGCGCCGAUUAUGAAGGAUUUCUCUCGUUGGACAACGCCCUUCUCUGGUACGGAGCCCACCGCAUCGAGUCGUACGCCCUAGAGUCCUUGUUCUGCUGGUGGAAGGAAAAGAUGGCUCCGCGGGUGCCGUUCACCGUAUCCAUAGCCCAUCGUUUUGCACGACUUUCCACCAUGCGUGAGAUCUUGCGCAUCAAGCAGCACCACGAGGACCUGCCUGAGGACGCACCGGUGGAGCUCGAAGAGGACGAGGACGGGUACUUGCCUGUCGGCUUGAUCUCGUACGUGAUGACGAAGCGCAUGCUUCUGGACGAGAUCACGCUGCGAGUCUUCCACACGUUUGAACAGGAAAACGCCGACGAAAGUGCGGCGGCUGGCGGCGACGGUGCAGAAGCGCAGGGCGUUGAUGACGCUUUCAAGGUAGCUGCCUGGGUCAGGUCGUGCGUCCGUGAAGUGAAUGCGGUGGCGCAUCGCAGCGAUCUCGAGUCGCGCGAGGUUCAUCACAGUGACUUCCGCUGUCUCCUGCAGUACGUGCAUCAUUUCGUGUCCGCCUAUGCGGGGCUCUACUACGCGCUCACGGUUCUCGAGGCAUCUCCUCGGGACGGCACGUCUGGAAAGGAUUUGAACCAGAUCACCGGUGUGUCAGAUGAGGACCGCGCCCGAUUGGUGGACAUCUUCCGGCAGAGCGUCCUGCCUCUUCUGUUGCCGUCUGGCUCAGCUCCGGCGGAAAUGACGAGUGUGUUCGACACCCUGCUCAGCGAGGCGUGGGAGGAGAAGCGAGCAAAGGGAGCGGUGGCGGACUCCACGUGCCAAGGUGUUGCUCACGGAAUCGCCGCACUGUUUGUGCGACACACACACGAGAUUGCAGCGCGUGCGCGGCACUCCUAUCUCGACAACCGAGAGACUCAGGCCCUGCACGAGGCGUUCACGACCGAGCGCGCCUUCCUUGGUGCGCUGGGCGGCUACUCGGCCUCUGCGAAGCUGAAGUACUGGGAGCGACUCCGCCUGCUGCUGCCGUUUGGGCCGUCCCUGCGACACCGCGAGCGACGACGCGAGUUGUACCUGUGGAUGGACCGACGUCAGCGCGGCUACCUGACCAUCUCUGACUUGGCCGGCGGAUUGAUGGACCUGGUGCAGCUGCAGUCGUUUCGCGUCGAUUUUACCCCUGUACUUCUGCGUGCCUUUAUGGCAACCAAGGAGAUGACAGACGAGCACGAGAAGAUCGUUUACCUCACCCAAAAUUCGGAGGAGCAGGUGCUGCUGCCUGCAGAGUUGAAUGCGUUCCUCACCUACCUCUACCGAUAUCUGGAACUGUAUUUUAUGUUUGACGUUCUCACCUGCGGCGGGCACGUCCAUCCCGAGACACUGCACAUCGUGCAAAAGAAACAGAGCUACCGCGCAGGCGACGACGGCGACGAGGAACCAGCAAGUAAACUGAAAGGAAAUUCACAUGCAACGCCUCCCAACGCAACAGCAAACGCGGUAAAGCCCCCAACGACAGCAGCGGGGUCUGACACCUCGGCCGCUCCUCGCAGCGGUGCUGCCGCUCUUCUGGAAGCAGCGAAGAAACCAUAUCAAAUUACGUUGGAGGCGGUGCCGAUGAAGAAAGAAAUCACUCUUGCACAGUUCCGCAUGGGACGCCAACUUCUGCGCAAGUGGGGCGCUCACGUCAACGACCCAGACGAGUUGUUUUACGACAUCAACGAUCAACGCCGUAAGACGGAUGCAAUGUCAUUCAUAGGGUUUGCCAUUUGGGCCUCAGAGCACGACCUCCAUCCCGAGGGCUACGGUUACGGCUAUGACGAUGCUGUUGACGCGAUAGCCACGAUGGAGGAGGAAUAUGCUUCCAUGUAA